CGGCUGUGCUUGGGCCCUGCGGGCUCCGCGCUCAGGCUCAGGUGCUGGCAGCUCCCGGGCAGCGACCAGGCCCGGCAGCCCCGGAGCCAGGCCGGACCGCGAGGGAGGCGGGGUCGGCAAUCCGGCUGCGGAACAGCAUCCCAGCACGCCCGGGCACCCGCGCCUGUAGGACGGCGGCGUCUCUCCCACACAUCGGAAGAGCCCUGCGACUGUUUUGGAGAUGUCAUCCAAAAGUCCCAAGGAUUUAAUUAAAAGUAAGUGGGGCUCCAAGCCCAGUAGCUCCAGAUCAGAGACUGCGCUGGAGAGGUUUAAGGGCGAGAUUGCAGCCUUGAAGACCUCGGUGGACGAGAUCACCAGUGGGAAAGGAAAGCCGCAAGACAAAGAGAGACAGAGGCUUUUGGAGAAAGUUCGAGCCCUUGAAGAAGAGAGGGGAAAGAAUGUUUACCACCUCGCAGAGAAAGACAAAGAAAUACAGCGACUCAGAGACCAACUAAAGACCAGAUGCAGCAACUCUGCAUUGCUCGAACAGCUGGAAGAGAAAACAAAAGAAGGUGAAAGGAGGGAGCAGUUGUUGAAAUCCUUGUCUGAAGAGACAGAUGUUUUGAAGAAGCAGUUGUCAGCCACCACAGCAAGAAUUGCCGAGCUUGAAAGCCAAGCCAGUACGUUCCGUUUGUCACAGACUGUGGCUGCAAACUCGUUCAACUCCUCAGUGAGUAAUAUUCAUGAAGUGGAAAUGCGACUACAAGAUGCUCUAGAGAAGAAUCAGCAGUGGCUUGUGUAUGAUCAGCAGCGAGAAGUCUAUGUCAAAGGACUCUUAGCAAAGAUCUUUGAAUUGGAAAAGAAAAUUGAAACAGCUGCUCCUUCACUCCCACAGCAGACGACGAAGACUGAAUCAGAAGGUUAUCUUCAAGAAGAGAAGCAAAAAUAUUAUAACCAUCUUUUAGCAAAUGCAAGAAAGGAUCUUGAGAUUGAACGACAAACUAUAACUCAGCUGAGUUUAGAACUAAGUGAAUUCCGAAGAAAAUAUGAGGAAACUCAAAAGGAGGUUCAAGAAUUAAAUCAGCUGCUGUGUACACAAAGAAAGGCAGAUGUCCAACAUCUGGAAGAUGAUAGGCAUAAAACAGAGAAAAUACAAAGACUCAAGGAAGAGAAUGAUAUUGCAAGAGAAAAACUUGAAGAAGAGAAGAAGAGAUCUGAAGAACUCUUAACUCAGGUCCAGUUCCUUUACACAUCUCUGUUAAAGCAACAAGAGGAGCAAACGCGGGUAGCUCUGUUGGAACAACAGAUGCAGGCAUGUACUCUGGAUUUUGAAAAUGAAAAACUUGAUCGUCAAAAUAUGCAACAUCAGUUGCAUGUCAUUCUUAAGGAGCUCCGAAAAGCAAGAAAUCAAAUAACACAGUUGGAAUCCUUGAAACAGCUUCACGAGAUUGCCUUCACGGAGCCAUUAGCUGCUUUCCAAGGAGAGACUGAAAAUAGAGUAAAAGUUGCUUCCCCCAAGAGUCCCUCCACCGCGCUCAACGAAAGCCUAGUGGAGUGUCCCAACUGCAACAUCCAGUAUCCAGCCACGGAGCACCGCGACCUGCUCGUGCAUGUUGAGUACUGCUCAAAGUAGUGAGAUUAAUUCUUCUCUGGGCCAGAAAUACAAAAUAUUGUAUCUGACGUUCGCUUAAUGACACUUGGAGUCACAUAUGUGACCUCUUACAUAAGAAACUAUCUACCUUGGGCGUGCUGGCCUUCGAGUGAAUCAUUGCAGGUGUUUGUUUUGAUUGCUUGGCCUCUUCCUGGCAGUGAUACCUCCCUGAAGCAGUUCACAUUGGCACGCUCUGCCAAAACGGGGGCAGUGUGGCCUAAGACUUUUAAUGUUUUGCACUGUUAAAGUACUUGAUGAAGAAAAAAAAAAAAGUUGAACUUACUGCUUAUGGCUUGAAUCUGUUGCACCAGAAGGCAAAUAUUUUAUGUUUUGUGAGUUUUAAAAAGUCAAAUCUAGUUAACCAAGAAUCUUAACUGUGUUAGCAUCGUAAUCCAAGCACUUAGCAGAAAUUUACAAUUCUGGUUUUGAUGUUCACUGGUCGAAAGAAGUGAUAUUGUUGUCAUUUUUUCCUUACUCUUGUAGAACGGUUAUUAGGAAAGGUGGGAAUUGCCCUGCUCUUUGUUGCUGCUUACUGUUGGAGCUGGGAGCCCAGCUCCAUUCCCGCUGUGAAGCGGGUGCUUCCAAGGAAGGCUCUGAAGUAGCCACACACGGUGUUUUCUCUCACAUGAUCUGGCUGCAACUGUAACUCGAAUUUCAUUAGUACAGGUUGGUUAGCUAAAAUUGUUAAAAUGAAUUUUAACAAAGCUAUCUAGCCUACUUUUUUGAUUUGCGGGUUUUUAUUUAUUAUUUUAGCACUCUUAAAGCUGGGCAGUGUAAUUAUCAGAUAUCUGUUUAUCAGAAUAGAUAUUUUUAUACAUGCUUUAUGUAAACCAAAAUUUUUUUUUUAUUUCUUCAGGUUUUCUAAAAUGUUUUAACACUGGGCUGCUGUUAGCAACA